AUGGAGGUGAAGAAAUGUGAAAGAGGAGAGGAAGAAAUCCUGGGCAUGUUAGCAGCGAGUAUCACUCCGAGAGGAGAAGUGGAAGAGAUGCUGAUUGCGAUCUCCCCACGAAAAGACUGUCGACUCAAAAUAUCGAUGCCUCCUCCAACGGUGGAAACAGAUGAGGAGUUGCUGGUAGCCAGUUUCGAUGGAUCGGCUAGGAUAAAAAAGAAAGGAGGGUCGUUCAGUGCCGUGAUAUGGAAAUUACCCGACUGGACGAUCGUGGCGGCCGAAUCGAGAUAUGUUCACGAUCUGACUGUGAAUGAAGCUGAGUAUAAUGGCUUGCUACUGUGCUUUGAGUUACUCGCCGAUCUGGAUAGGGGGCGAGUAAUACUGUGUGGAGAUUCCAGUCUGGUGAUUCGACAGAUGCGCGGUGAGAUCGACUGCAAGGCACCGGGCCUUCAGCUUCUGAGACACAAAGCGUUGGAGAAGCUGCAGUCAUGGCCUAGUCACGAGUUUCUGCAUAUGAAGCGAGAGUGGAAUCAGAGCGCAGAUCGACUAGCCAGCACAGCAUUGCAGAGCGAAAAGGGAAGAACGGUUGUAGCUGAAGAGGAUCGGCAAGAUCUGAUGACUCUGAACCGUCUCGAUGAAUUGUUGAAGCCCAAGCAAGAUGGUCAGCUAGCUCGGGUAACUGCGAUCGCGAGAUCAGCCAGGAGGAUACGUCAUGAACCUGAAGUGAUACAGGAGGAGAUAGUACAGAGGAUCAGGAUUCAACGAAUUGUCCAAGCUCAAGAUGAAGAGCGUUGGAUUGUCAAUCUCAAGACAUAUCUAAGUGGCGAUGUAUCAAACUUGGAUGCGGUAGAAGUGAAGACGUGCGCCAAACUGGCGCCGGAUUACGAGAUCGAUGAGAACAAUCUGCUAUUUUUUUUUGCCCCAUGGCGAAAAGAGAGUCGGAAGAUCGCGAUGGUUUGA